AUGUCUGAUUUGAACUCAAGGGGAGAUGUGAAAGAACAACCCAAGAAAAAGAUUGUUGAACCUACUAACAAAACCAAACCGAAACCGAAAGAUCAAAAGGAUAAUGAAGCUUCUACAUCUAAACGAAAAGAAGAAGUGAUUGAUGAUGAAGAAGAAGAGGAAGAGUUUUCUGAGGGUGAAAAGGUUAUCAAGAAGAAGCGUGAUUCUAAACUUGAUGAUCUUUUGAGAAUUCGUAAACAAUUGAAAGAUCAAGAAAUGGAAGCUAAAGUUGCAAAAGUCACCUUGGAAACUCAAAAGUCACUCUUUCUUCAGUGGACUCUAAAGAGGAUUCAGAAGGAGGCGGUUGAUGAACCGAGCACCAAUUGGUUGGAGCCUUAG